AUGAAGGGCAUAUACCUUGGAUCAUUGGCUCUUGCGUUCUUGGGAGUGGCCCGAGCCGAAGACUUAGGGGGACAGCAAAUUAUCACAACAUACGAAAUGCAAGUCGUGACUUCACAGCUUCUGAUUACCACACGGGUUCCGCUUUAUAUUACUUUGACAGACAGUGCCGGCUCGGCAACCGCAACCAUAGCGACAAACGUUUCGCUGGCAGGCCCAACGCCGGUUGUUUCAAGCGCCCUAGUGGCAGUUGGGACUGCCACCUCAUCAGUUCCAUUGACUACUUCGACUGUUACGUCCACCAUACUUGAGACGAUCACUUCAUGCAUUAGCAACCCAAGAUGUACCAAUGGGCAUAUAGUUACUAGGACUACCGUUUUCACGACAACAUGCCCAGUGACCCAGGUUGGGGACAGUACUGUUGUACUCUCAAGCACAAGAACUGUCACUGCCCCAACUAGCAUUGCCUUGGGCAAAUCCCCGUCAGGUAGCCUCAACGCUACGGGGACUACCCCUCAUCCCACAACACGUUCGAGUUCGACGGAACAAACUACGUCGAGAUCGAUCCCAACCGUCCUCCCGCCAGUUUUCAACAGUUCCCUCCCAGCGGGUUCAGCAUCAACUACCCAACACUCAGUAACCACUACGGCGUUGACAAAAGCCUUGGAUACCUCCAAGUCGAACGUCGACCUCAGUUCCACCACAGAUUCAGGCGCGCCGACAACCUUUGAAACGGGCGUGAUAGCAAACCCCUCCACCUCCACCUCAUCGCCGACCUCGACUAUCACCGUCCCAUGCGAAACGACGUAUGUCAAUGGCGGCCUUGUGCCGUUCCACGGUGUACCGGUCCAAGCCGGCGCACGAGUGACCAUGGAGGGGACUAUCUACAGCUUCCCGGCCGAUGCCUCCGGCUCCAUCCGCCUCGCGCACAGAAGGCCGUCAGGUUUCCCUGUGACUGCUAGCAAUGGAACCCAUCAUCACCAAGGACGUCCGACCGGUUCCCAUAAGCUGCCGACCUCGUCCCCGAGUUUUGGGCGCCCAAUCCCUACUGCUCGCCGAUUCCGUCCUCGCCAGUAG